AUGGACGAAAAAGACGAAUGCACACACUCCACCAUCGAGGAUAUCAAGUCCGCUUCCUUCCCGUCAGAUGAACCCGAUCACGCUGCGGAGAGACGGCUCCUGUGGAAAUGCGACUUGCACGUCGUCCCCAUUCUCACUGUCCUGUUCAUGUUCGCCUUUCUCGACCGCAUCAACAUCGGGAAUGCCCGGUUGAUGGGGCUGGAGGGGGACCUGGGGAUGACUGGGCAUGAGUACAACAUCGCCCUGUUUGUGUUUUUCAUUCCGUAUAUUCUCUUCGAGGUGCCGAGUAAUAUACUCUUGAAGAAGAUGAGGCCGUCCUGGUGGUUGAGUGGGAUUAUGUUUGCAUGGGGUUUGUUGUCGCUCUUCUGUGCGAUUGACAUGGUGGUGAGCGAUGCUGACGGUGCGGUAGGGAUUCUGACCGUCUGUCAAGGCGUCACGAAGAGUUUCCACGGAUUGGUGGUGUGUCGGGUGUUGAUUGGGGUCUUUGAAGCGGGGUUCAUGCCUGGAUCCGUCUACCUGAUCAAUAUGUACUAUCGUCGUCAUGAGCUCCAAUGGCGACUCAACGUCUUCUUCAGUGCCAGUAUCUGUGCUGGCGCAAUCAGCGGGCUACUCGCUUACGCCAUCAACAACCUGGACGGAGUCGCCGGGUACAGUGGCUGGCGCUGGAUCUUCAUCCUCGAGGGCCUCGCCACCAUUGUUGUCGCGGUCAUCGCCAAGUUCAUUGUCGUCGAUUGGCCCGAAACCGCCAGGUUCCUGACAGAGGAUGAGCGAGCGCUGCUCCUCCGCCGUCUAGCAGAAGACCAAGGCGAAGCGAGAAUGGAUCGUCUGGAUAAGAAGUCGCUGCGGCGUGCCUUUUCAGACCCAAAGAUUUACCUGGGACCCCUCAUGUACUUUGGUAUAGUCAAUACCGGCUACGCAGUCUCCUUCUUUACCCCCACCAUCCUCAACCAGCUAGGAUGGACCGCCGUCCGCGCCCAGGUCAUGAGUAUCCCUGUCUACUGCGUCGCCACGGUCAUCGCCCUCUCCGCGGCUUAUGCCAGCGACCGACUCCGGCACCGAUACCUAUUCACAUUGGCGGGCUGUCUCAUUGCGACUAUGGGCUAUGUGAUACUGCUCUGCCAGGCAUCCGUGCCCGUCGGGGCGCGCUACUUUGCCGUCUUCGCCAUCACGGGCGGCGGAUACCUGACGCAACCGAUCCUGAUGGGCUGGCUGAGUAACAACAUGGCGGGUCAUUACAAGCAGUCCAUUGCGUCGGCAAUGCAGAUUGGGUUUGGCAAUUGUGGAGGGCUGGUGGCCAGUAACAUCUUCUUCAAGGAGGAGGCUCCGCGAUAUACUACCGGGUACGCGGUGAGUCUGGGGAUGACCUGGAUCUGCGGAGCGGCGUGCGCUUUGUUCCUCACUUACUUGGUGAGGGAGAAUAGGUUGAGGGAUGCAGGUAGAAGGGACUGGAGGUUGGAACUACCCCAGGAUGAAGUGGAGAAUCUGGGCGAUGACCAUCCUGCGUUUCGCUUCACUUAUUAA